UUGCAAUGGUUUGCUGGUCAGUGCAGCGUUUCCUGUUCCUCUUUCUCAGCUGGGGUUGUGCAGUGUCCAGGCUAGUGACAGGCUGCCAGGGAACCCAGUGCCACGAGGGAUUCACCGGGACUCCCCUGCUUCCCAGGAGCUGGGGCUGCAGACACGAGCUGGCUCUCAGCAGCCAGUGCCAUGGGCUACGGGACGGAGCUGUGCGGCCCCCAGGCACACAGCGCCCUGCUGCAGCUGCAGGACUCUGAGCUGCGCCUCCUGGAGCUGAUGAAGAAGUGGAUGGUGCAGCGAGCCAAGAGUGACAGGGAGUACGCGUCCCUGCUGCACAACGCAUUCUGCCAGCUGGAGAAGCAGGAGUGCUUCGGGCAGCCCCCACCAGGAGACUACAAAAGCCAAAUCAGCAAGUCCUGGUGGGUGGUGGCGAGCCAGACAGAGGUGCUGAGCCAGAUCCUGCGGCGCCAUGCAGAGGACCUGGCCACCGGGCCCCUGAACAAGCUGAGCCUGCUGAUCCGCGACAAGCAGCAGCUCCGCAAAGCCUACAGCGAGCAGUGGCAGCAGCUGAACCAGGACUACGUCAGGACGAGCCAGCAAGAGCUGGAGAAGCUGAAGUCACAGUACCGGAUCCUGGCCCGGGACAGUGCCCAGGCCAAGCGCAAGUUCCAGGAGGCCAGCAAAGAUAAGGACCGGGACAAGGCCAAGGACAAGUACGUGCGGAGCCAGUGGAAGCUCUACGCCCUGCACAACCAGUACGUGCUGGCCAUCAAGGCCGCCGAGCUGCACCGUACGCUGUACUUCCAGCAGGCGCUGCCCGCCCUGCACCACUCCCUGCAUGGCCUGCACCAGGAGAUGGCGCUCGUCCUGAAGGAAAUUCUGCAGGAGUACGCUGAGGUCAGCAGUCUGGUUCAGGAGGAGGUGGGCUCCGUGCACCAGGAAAUCGCUCAUGCCAUUCAGGCGAUCGACCCCGCAACAGAAUACGACAGCUUUCUCCAGCAGCAGAGGUGUGUGAGCAAGAUCCCGCCCAGGGUGACCUUUGACGAGAGUCUGCUGGAGGAGAGCGAGAACCUGGAGGCCGACGAGCUGCAGCUGAAUGAGCUGACAAUAGAGAGUGUGCAGCACACGUGUGUACCGGGCACGGGUGGGCACUGGGACGUGAGGGGGCCUAGAAGGGCUGCAGCACUGGACUCUGGGCAGCCACCAGCCGGCUCCCGAACCCCUGGGGGGUGUCAGGCCUGGACAGCCACCGGCUGGCUCCCAAACCCCUGGGGGGUGUCAGGCCCGGCAGGGGACCCCUGA